AUGGCUCAGGGGCAAAGGUGGCUCUGUGGCCUUGAUUGCACAGGACUGGAGCUACAGCCCCUGGCUGAGCAAGCCCGGCUGAGGCUCAGCGUGUACACCACCACGCGGUCCAACCUUGGUGCUGAAAACAACGUGGAUCUGGUCUUGAACGUGGAAGACUUUGACGUGGAGUCGAAAUUUGAAAGGACGGUUAACGUUUCCGUACCAAAGAAAACUAGAAAUAACGGGACGUUGUAUGCGUACAUCUUCCUCCAUCAUGCCGGCAUUCUGCCAUGGCAUGAUGGGAAGCAGGUGCACCUAGUGAGCCCUCUGACCACCUACAUGGUUCCCAAACCAGAAGAGGUCAACCUGCUCACGGGUGAAUCCACUACACAGCAGCAGAUAGAGGCAGAGAAGAAGCCACCGAGUGCCCUGGACGAGCCUGUUUCUCACUGGAGACCAAGACUGACACUGAACGUGAUGGUGGACGACUUUGUCUUUGACGGGGCCUCCCUGCCUGCCGACGUGCAUCGGUACAUGAAGAUGAUCCAGCUCGGGAAGACCGUGCACUACCUCCCUAUCCUGUUCAUCGACCAGCUCAGCAAUCGGGUGAAGGACCUCAUGGUCAUAAACCGCUCCAGCACCGAGCUGCCCCUCACCGUGUCCUACGACAAGAUCUCGCUGGGGAGGCUGCGCUUCUGGAUCCACAUGCAGGACGCCGUGUACUCCCUGCAGCAGUUCGGGUUUUCAGAGAAAGACGCUGAUGAAGUGAAAGGCAUUUUUGUCGACACCAACUUGUAUUUCUUAGCUCUAACCUUCUUCGUCGCCGCAUUUCACCUUCUGUUCGAUUUCUUGGCAUUUAAAAAUGACAUCAGUUUCUGGAAGAAGAAGAGGAGCAUGAUUGGAAUGUCCACCAAAGCAGUGCUCUGGCGUGGAUUCAGCACAGUGGUCAUCUUCCUGUUCCUGCUGGACGAGCAGACGAGCCUGCUGGUGCUGGUCCCCGCAGGCAUCGGGGCCGCCAUCGAGCUGUGGAAGGUGAAAAAGGCCUUGAAGAUGAGUGUUGUUUGGAGAGGCCUGAGACCGCAGUUCCAGUUUGGCACUUACAGCGAGUCCGAGAGGAAGACAGAGGAGUACGACACUCAGGCCAUGAGGUACCUCUCCUAUCUUCUCUACCCCCUGUGCAUCGGUGGCGCCGUCUACUCCCUGCUGAACGUCAAGUAUAAGAGCUGGUACUCUUGGCUGAUCAAUAGCUUCGUCAACGGGGUGUACGCCUUCGGCUUCCUCUUCAUGCUGCCCCAGCUCUUCGUCAACUACAAGAUGAAGUCGGUGGCGCACCUGCCCUGGAAGGCCUUCACCUACAAGGCCUUCAACACUUUCAUCGACGACGUCUUUGCCUUCAUCAUCACCAUGCCCACCUCCCACCGGCUGGCGUGUUUCCGGGACGACGUGGUGUUCCUCGUGUACCUGUACCAGCGAUGGCUGUACCCCGUGGAUAAGAGCAGGGUGAACGAGUUCGGGGAGUCCUACGAGGAGAAGCCCCAGCGGAAGCCCCACGCACAUUGA